CACAGAUCGCAGGUCGAUACCAAGCACGUUAAGUGCCGUGUGUGGUCAGUCUAACAUCCCCGGGGUGGGCCCGGCGGAUGACCAACUGCCCCGGGGGAGAAGUGGACCAGCAAUGUACCCUGCAAGAGAUAAGGGCGUAUGCCUCGGGUAGAUGAGUAUAUACGGGUAUAUAAGCAAAAUGAAAUGAGCAACUUCAUACCUACGACUGCUGCGACUCUGAGUGCUGCAUCGUCCAUUGACACCAGGAAUUGUUUAAUCGGCACUCUACAAGUUGCCACCUACAGGAUGUUGUACAAAGUUGUCCUGACGUUGUGGGCCACGCUGUCACUAACAGCAGGAACCUGUAAUCUGAAGCGACUCUGCUACUUCACCAGUUGGGCUCAGUACCGUACUGGGAACGCCAAGUUCAACCCCUCUGACAUCGACCCGACGCUAUGCACCCACAUCAUCUACGCCUUCGCCAGGAUCGACACCACCACCUUCAACGUCAUCACACACGAAUGGAAUGACAUAACGCUGUACGGCGAGAUUGUGAGCUUAAAGGCAGCUAACCCGGACGUAAAAAUCAUCCUAGCUAUUGGAGGUUUCGGCGUGUCGUGGCAGUUUAAUGCCGUCGUCACUAGCGAUAACAACAUCCGCACAUUCGCCGACAGUGCCAUCACCUUCUCCAGGCAACAUGGAUUUGACGGCAUUGACAUAGACUGGGAGUUUCCAGUUGACUCCGGGUUGUCUGCUCGGUUUACAACACUGAUGCAGAUAAUGAGGAGUAAGAUAGACGGAGAGGUUCUAACUGCAGGCCUCAACACACUGCUAUUAAUCAUCGCUGUCUCAGCCGGCAAGUACAACAUCGAUGGUUCCUACAACAUCCCCACCGUAUCUGGCCUUGUGGACCUGAUCAAUGUGAUGACAUAUGACCUCUCGGGUACAUGGAACAAUCCCCGAGUGGUUGGCCACCACAGCCCUCUCUAUCCCCAGACAGGGGACGUGUCCCCUAAUGCCCAGUUCAGUGUGGACUGGGCCAUGAAGUACUGGCGAGCAGGCGGCGCGGACCCUCAGAAGCUGAUCCUGGGUCUGGCUUCAUACGGCCGUUCGUUCACCCUCUCGAACCCUUCCAAUACCAACAUCGGGGCGCCUUUCUCUGGGGCGGGAACACCCGGAGCAUACACCAGGUCCAGCGGCUUCCUUGGGUACUUUGAGAUUUGUCAGCUGAUCGAGAGGGAAGGCUGGACGAGUGUCAGGAUGGCCGACAUGAAGGUGCCUUACGCCUACGGGUCCAAAGACGGCCUCACUCAGUGGGUAGGCUACGACGACAGUCAGAGUUUCCGCGAAAAGCUUCAGUACGUGCUGGACAACGGCUAUGGCGGCGCCAUGGUCUGGUCUUACAGCUUUGAUGACUUCGAUGGAUCCUUCUGUAAUGGGGGUGUCAGUUUUCCUCUAAUAUCACAAAUGAAAGACAUUCUCAACUGUUCCCUCGUCACGAGUCCAACAUCACCGACAUCUCCAACAUCCCCAACAUCACCGACAUCACCUACAUCUCCAACUUCACCAACAUCUCCAACAUCACCGACAUCUCCAACAUCACCAACAUCUCCAACCGACAUAUCACCAACAUCUCCAACAUCACCGACAUCUCCAACAUCACCAACAUCUCCAACAUCACCGACAUCUCCAACAUCACCAACAUCUCCAACAUCACCGACAUCUCCAACAUCACCAACAUCUCCAACUUCACCAACAUCUCCAACAUCACCUACAUCUCCAACCUCACCAACAUCUCCAACAUCACCGACAUCUCCAACAUCCCCAACUUCCCCGACAUCACCUACAUCACCUACAUCUCCAACCUCACCAACAUCUCCAACUUCACCAACAUCUCCAACAUCACCGACAUCUCCAACAUCACCUACAUCUCCAACAUCACCGACAUCUCCAACAUCACCUACAUCUCCAACAUCUCCGACUUCACCAACAUCCCCGACAUCUCCAACUUCACCAACAUCUCCAACUUCACCAACAUCACCAACUUCACCAACAUCUCCAACUUCACCAGCAUCUCGAACAUCACCGACAUCUCCGACGUCAGUUAUGGCUGAACAAGCACUGCAGCAGACCUGCAUUGACGGUUCCUGGACGUACUCCGGCCUCAGCGCCAACUGCACCAUCUUCUACAUGUGCAGCAACGGCAUUCUAACCUCCUUCACGUGUCCCCGGGAUUGGCCUACGACACCAGGUACUCAGUGUGUAACUGGUCGUUCCUGGUUCCCGAAUGUAAUAACAAGCGAUAGAGUUACCCUCACCCAAACCUGGGGCUGCACUUACACGGAGGAAGCGGACACUGCAGGUGAUCAAUCUGACUGGGCUAAUUUUAAAACAGUGGCUUCCACCCAGGAGUGCAAGGACUUCUGUGACGGGACUGCCGGGUGCGUGGCAGCGGAGAUACGGGACACUGACUGUUACGUCUACGUUGUGAACACGGUCAAGGUCACCAAGCCAGGAAACUCUUUCCUCACGAAAACCUGUACGAGUAAUGAAGUGUGCAGCAAGUACGUGAGGGCGUGCUACAUCACCAACUGGUCCCAGUACAGAUCAGCACCGGCACGGUUUGUGCCGAGUAACAUCAACGCAACACUGUGCACACACAUCCUCUACGCCUUCCUCGACAUCGACGCGAGUUCGAAGACAAUUGUUUACAGAGAGUGGAACGAGAAUGUUAUGUUACAGCAGCUACGUGCCGUCAGACAGACCAACCCUGACCUGAAGCUUCUGGCUGCCCUGGGUGGCUGGCAGCGUAUACAAGGCUUUAUUAGCGUCACACAGUCUCAGGCUGAUAUGCAAACUUUUGCCGUCAACGCCAUAAACUUCAUACGUGACAACGGCCUCGACGGGCUCGACAUAGACUGGGAAUAUCCGUCAAUGACCGGCCACAAGACACAACACACGGAACUGAUGGAGACUCUACGUACCAAGUUUGAUGAAGAAGUUCUCACGGGUGACCGGAAGCGCCUCAUACUGGCUGCCGCUGUGUCAGCUGGCCAGCCCAUCAUCGACGGCUCCUACAACAUACCUCUGUUAUCUAGCUACGUGGACUUCCUAAGCAUCAUGGCAUACGACUUCCAGGGAGCCUGGACGUUUCCCCCAGAGGUGGAUCACCACAGCCCGCUCUACAACCCCAACAGCGCCAUCUACUACACGGUAUGUCCGCUCACUCACUGCUCUCCCCACACCUGCUCCAACAGCGCCAUCUACUACACGGACUAUGCGAUGCGGUACUGGCGGGACCAGGGAGCAGAUCCGAAGAAGAUGUUGAUGGGAAUACCAACCUAUGGGAGACACUUCCGUCUAUCAGAUCCGUCCCAAAUAGCCAUCAGAUCUCCCUUUUCGGCAGCAGGAUCCGCUGGGCCCUACACCCGCAUGACAGGUUCGCUCAGCUACUAUGAAAUAUGCCAGCUGCUUGAGGGUGGAUUCAGCACGGUUCGUGUGGAGUCUAUGGGUGUUCCCUUCUCAUACGGCCCCCGGAAUGGACACACGGAGUGGAUGCAGUACGUCAAGGACAACGGUUACGGCGGUGCCAUGGUCUGGUCUCUUGACAUGGAUGAUUUUACAGGAGGAUUCUGCGGCAAGGAAUAUCCGUUGGUGUCAGAACUUAGUGCACACACCAAACACAUCCCCUACAACCACAUCUUCUACGACAUCUCCUACGACUACGUCUGCUACAACCACGUCUGCAACAACAUCUCCAACAACUACAUCUGCUACGACAUCUCUUACGACUAUAUCUGA